CAACUCACUGGCUCAGUUUCCGGCACUGCUCGUCACAGACUGUUGGAAAUGCGUCUCCUAGCCACUGGCCGAGCUCUGCGCGCCAGCAGUAGCAGGUGGGCCAUCGCCUCUUCCCGGAGGAAUCUCCGCAUUCCGCUCUCGCACCUCCCGGAGCCGUUGACCAUCAAGCGGCGCGAAUGGAGUUCCACAGCUGUUCGCCGGACAGGCGCAAGCGCUACCGAUGCCACCAAAGCUUCCAUCGCCGGUGCUUCUACGGUGCGACCUUCGGCCACUGACAAGCAAUCGUACAAGUCCGAUGAAUGGACAAACACAACCGAUACUAUUCUCUCGCACGUCGGUCGUCGGCUUUACCUGGAUGAGAACCACCCUCUAGCCAUCACGCGCCAGCUGAUCGAGAGUCAAUUCCCCCGGCCCACCUACGGAAACUACACGGAGGAGAAUCCCGUCGUGACCACGGCCCAGAACUUCGACGUCCUCGGUUUCCCCGCGGACCAUCCGGGUCGCAGCCGCACCGACACUUACUACCUCAACGAGAAGCUGGUGCUACGGACGCAUACGAGCGCCCACCAGCAGGCGUAUUUCCAGCAAAUCAGCCGCAACGAGCGCACCCGCCCGGAGGAAGUGGGCUACACGGUCGUGGCGGACGUGUACCGGAGGGAUGCGAUCGACCGCAGCCAUUACCCGGUCUUCCACCAGAUGGAGGGCGCGAUGCUGUGGAAGCGGCCCGAUACCGAGCCGCUGAAGCAUGCCGGCGAGACGGCGGCGAAUAUCCGCGAGGACGUCGGCCGCAUCCCUGCUCACGACGUGGUCGUCGAGGACCCCAACCCCACCAUCCACCCGGAGCGCAACCCGCUCCAGGCAGAGUUCCACAGUGCCGAGGAGGUCGAGGAGGUCGCCGCGCACCUCAAGCGCUCGCUGGAGCGCAUGGUCAUCAAGAUCUUCACCGAGGCCAGCAAGGCCGCUGCGGGCUCCCAGGAGGAGACCGAGCCCCUGAAGGUCCGCUGGGUGGAGGCCUACUUCCCCUUCACCAGCCCCUCAUGGGAGCUGGAGGUGUUCUGGCAGGGCGACUGGCUGGAGGUGUUGGGCUGUGGCGUCAUCAAGCAGGAGCUGCUGAACAACUCGGACGUGCCGAACCGCAUGGGCUGGGCCUUUGGCAUCGGCCUCGAGCGCAUCGCCAUGCUUCUCUUCAAUAUCCCCGACAUCCGCCUCUUCUGGUCCCGUGACGAGCGCUUCCUGUCCCAGUUCAAGGCCGGCCAGAUCACCCGCUUCAAGCCCUUCUCCAAGUACCCCGCUUGCUACAAGGAUGUGGCCUUCUGGCUGCCCUCGGGCGCUGCCAGUGGCGGUAGUGCGGCCGGCGGCGCCAAGCCCGUCCACGAGAAUGAUAUCAUGGAGAUUGUUCGUGGGGUUGCGGGGGAUCUGGUCGAGGAUGUGCGCCUGGUUGAUGAGUUUACCCACCCCAAGACGAAGCGCAAGAGCAUGUGCUACCGCAUCAACUACCGGAGUCUGGAGCGUACUCUCACCAACACAGAGGCAAAUGACCUACAUGAUGAACUGCGCCAGAAGCUGGUCGAUUUGUUGAAUGUUGAGUUGCGGUAGCUUGUGCCUCUCUGUACACAAGGAGAGAGACUUUUGGUAUGUAUAGUACUGGAUGCCUGAUGACGGCAGGGCAAUGGAUACGUGUAUGAUAGUUUGUAAGUAAGUUCUUGGCCCCAAAGGAUUGUAACCUCUCUCUUCCCUCAUAGGUGUGAGAUUCCAGGUUGAGGAUCCGGUGAUAGCACUUGACGGUAAAAGUAUGGUGUCUUGCGGCUGCUCAGUGGUUGAAUGAGCGCGCCUGCAGGGGAGGUAUGCAAUGUGACGUAGCAGUUCGAUUGCAGCUCAGCUCAGCUGGGUAGAUACGGGGAAGGAUGGAUGCGCUCAUUAGAGGGUCGGUUUGCGGUUCGUGAUUAAUUGAUUUCUGUUUGAUUGCUCUUCUUAUCUUCAUCUCAUUCCG